GAGAGGCUGAACCUGGAGCCGCCGCUCCGAGCUCGCGCCGGGACCCCGAGAGCUGGAAGAUGGCGACAGACGGCGCGAGCUGCGAGGCCGGCUUCUUCCGCGGCCCGGAGGACGCGGCGGGGGCCACGGCGGAGGCGACGAAAAAAGAGUUUGACGUGGACACCCUCAGUAAAUCCGAACUCCGUAUGCUCCUCAGCGUGAUGGAAGGGGAGCUGGAGGCCAGAGACCUCGUCAUCGAGGCCCUGCGGGCUCGCAGGAAGGAGGUGUUUGUCCAGGAACGCUAUGGAAGAUUUAACUUAAAUGACCCGUUCCUGGCUCUGCAGAGAGACUACGAAGCAGGUGCUGGAGAUAAAGAGAAGAAGCCGGUCUGUACCAACCCCCUCUCCAUCCUGGAGGCAGUCAUGGGCCACUGCAGAAAAAUGCAGGAAAGGAUGUCCACGCAGCUGGCUGCUGCUGAGAGCAGACAAAAGAAGCUGGAGAUGGAAAAGCUUCAGCUGCAAGCCCUUGAGCAAGAGCACAAGAAUCUGGCCUCCCGCCUGGAGGAAGAGCGCGGCAAGAACAAGCAUGUGGUCCUGAUGCUGGUCAAGGAGUGCAAACAGCUCUCGGGCAAAGUCAUAGAUGAGGCCCAAAAGCUAGAAGAAGUCAUGGCCAAACUGGACGAGGAAAAGAAAAAGACCAGUGCAUUAGAAGAGGAGCUCUCUGCUGAGAAACGAAGAAGCACAGAAAUGGAAGCUCAGAUGGAAAAACAGCUCUCUGAGUUUGACACUGAACGGGAACAGCUUCGUGCCAAGCUGCACCGAGAAGAAGCACACACCACUGACCUCAAAGAGGAGAUAGACAAGAUGAAGAAAAUGAUUGAGCAACUGAAAAGGGGAACUGACAGCAAACCAAGCCUCUCUCUCCCCCGGAAGGUGAAAGAUAGGCAUUUGGCCUCUGUAUCUGUGGGAACAGAAGGACCUAUGACAAGAUCUGUUGCUUGCCAGACAGACCUACCGAUAGAAGGCUCUGACCACGUGAAGAAGUUGUCUUUGACUGUGCCUGUAAAGCCUUCCACAGGGAGCCCCCGAGUUUCUGCAAAUGCAAAAGGGAAUGUGUGCAGCAAUGCCACCUUGGUGAGACCAGGCAUUGACAGGCAAGCUUCCCAGGGUGACUUGAUUGGCUCCGCUCUGCCCACUGUCUCAUCUCCAAGUGCAAAUAGAAUUGAGGAAAAUGGACCCAGCACUGGUUCGACACCAGAUUUAGCAAGUAGCACACCCCCACUUCCCAAUAACGCUGCCCCUCCCACCCUGCAAACACUAGGCACCGCUCCCCAGAGCUGUUCGCAAGCUCCGCCUGUGCACAGUUUACACUCACCGUGUGCCAAUGCGUCCCUGCAUCCAAGUCUGAACCCACGCAUCCAAGCAGCUCGAUUUAGGUUCCAGGGCAAUGCUAAUGACCCAGACCAAAAUGGAAAUACUACCCAGAGUCCUCCAUCGAGAGAUGUCUCUCCUACGAGUCGUGAAAACCUAGUGGCCAAACAACUGGCUCGGAAUACUGUGACCCAAGCACUGUCAAGAUUUACAGGCCCUCAAGCGGGAGCACCCCCAAGGCCUGGAGCGCCCCCGGGCGGGGAUGUUGGCGCCCACCCUCCUGUUGGUCGGACCAGCUUAAAGACUCCCGGUGUAGCACGAGUGGACAGGGGAAACCCUCCUCCUAUCCCUCCAAAAAAGCCAGGGCUCUCCCAAGCUCCUUCUGCCCCCCACCCCCAACUCAAAGCUGCUAUGGAUAGCAGCAGGGCCUCCAGUGCCGGGGCCAAAGUGGAUAACAAAACUGUGGCUUCACCUCCUUCCAGUUUACCGCAAGGGAGCAGGGUCCUAAACGAGGAGAACCUCCCUAAAUCCUCCUCUCCUCAGCUGCCACCAAAACCGUCCAUAGAUGUAACUGUGGCACCGACAGCCCUGGCCACGUCUCAGGUGGGUGCCUGGCCUGCUGAAACCCCGGGACUGAACCAGCCUGCAUGUGCAGAGCAUUCCCUUGUCAUUCCCACCACCAUUGCCUUUUGCUCUUCCGUAAACCCUGUUAGCGCCUCAUCCUGUAGAACAGGGGCCUCAGACAGCCUCCUGGUAACAGCAUCAGGCUGGUCACCCUCCCUAACCCCUUUGCUAACGAGUGGUGGUCCUGCCCCCCUGGCUGGCAGGCCCACCCUUCUUCAGCAAGUUGCUGCCCAGGGAAAUGUCACUUUAUUAUCAAUGCUGCUUAAUGAAGAAGGACUGGACAUUAAUUACUCCUGUGAAGAUGGCCAUUCUGCCUUGUAUUCUGCUGCUAAGAAUGGACAUACAGAUUGUGUGAGAUUGCUGCUGAAUGCAGAAGCCCAAGUCAAUGCUGCUGAUAGAAACGGCUUCACACCCUUGUGUACUGCAGCUGCUCAGGGACAUUUCAAGUGUGUAGAAUUACUAAUUGCAUAUGAUGCUCACAUUAAUCAUGCUGCUGAUGGAGGACAGACACCUCUAUACCUGGCCUGUAAAAAUGGAAAUAAAGAAUGCAUUAAACUCUUGUUGGAAGCUGGAACUGACCAAAGUGUAAAAACCAGAGAUGGCUGGACACCAGUUCACACAGUUGUGGACACUGGUCAUGUGGACAGCCUCAAGCUUCUUAUGUACCAUAGAGCACCAGCUUGUGGAAAAUCCUUGCAUGAGGAGGAGACCAAGUCAGAUGUCUUGGACUUGGAUGGAGAAGAAGAGAGUCCUGAAGGCACAGCCAAACCUGUUGUUUCUGCAGACCUCAUUAACCAUGCCGACAUAGAAGGCUGGACUGCUGCCCAUAUUGCUGCUUCAAAGGGUUUUAAGAAUUGCCUAGAAAUUCUGUGUAGGCAUGGCGGGCUUGAGCCAGAAAGGAGAGAUAGGUGCGGUUAGACUGCACAUGAUGUAGCCACUGAUGACUAGCAUCUGCUGGAGAAUCUGAAUGCUCUUAAAAUACCCUUAAGGAUUUCAGUGGGUGAGAUUCAACCAGACAACUAUGGUUCCGAUGACUUUGAAUGUGAAAACACAAUAUGUGCUCUAAGUAUCCGCAAACAGACAUCCUGGGAUGAUUUUUCAAAAGCAGUGAGUCAAGCUCAGACGAAUCAUUUCAAAGCCAUCUCUUCUGAUGAAUGGUGGAGUCUGGAAGAUGUGACGUGCAAUAACACCACUAACUCCAGCAUCGGCCUCAGUGCAAGCAGUGUGCAAUCCAUCAUGCUAGGAAAUGUGCCAUGGUCGGUGGGUCAGAGCUUCACCCUGCCCCUGUGGGACUUUAUGAAAAAGAAUAAAGCAGAGCAAGUCACUGUGCUUUUGUCAGGUCCUCAGGAAGGCUGCCUCAAUAGUGUGACGUACAGAUCUAUGAUCCCUCUCCAGAUGCUGCAGAAGUACCUAAGGCUGGUCGAGCAAUAUCAUACUGUCAUUUUCCAUGGCCCAGAAGGAAGCUUGCAAGAUUACAUAGCACAUCAGCUUGCACUCUGCAUGAAGCACAGACAAAUGGCUGCAGGAUUCUCUUGUGAGAUAGUGAGAGCUGAAGUGGAUGCUGAUUUCUCUAAGGAGCAGCUAGUAGACCUGUUCAUCAGUAGUGCUUAUCUGAUCCCAGUGAAACAAUCUCCUGUUAACAAGAAAAUCAUCAUCAUCUUAGAGAACUUAGAAAAAUCUUCACUGUCUGAGUUAUUGGGAGAGUUCUUGGUACCUCUGGAAAAUUGCAGCACUGAAAGCCCCUGUACUUUUUCAAAAGGAAACAGAAUGUCGGAAUGUUACUACUUUCAUGAGAACUGUUUUCUGAUGGGCACCAUUGCCAAGGCCUGCCUCCAGGGCUCCGACUUGCUGGUGCAGCAGCAUUUCCGCUGGGUGCAGCUGCGGUGGGAUGGCGAGCCCAACGCAGCCUAUUGUUGGGAGAGGGGCUUUGGGAGACAUGGGCUUGGUUCUCUCCGAGGUCGGGUGCCCUCUCCCUGAGAUCCCAUGUGCAAGACAGUGGACUGGGCCCUGGCCGUCUGGCGCCAGCUCAACUCCUGCCUGGCCCGCUUGGGCACCCCUGAAGCACUUCCUGGGCCCAAGUAUUUCCUGUCGUGUCCUGUAGUCCCAGGACAUGCCCAAGUGACAGUGAAGUGGAUGUCUAAGCUGUGGAAUGCUGUCACUGCACCCAGAGUUCAGGAAGCAAUAUUGUCAAGAGCCUCUGUGAAAAGACAGCCUGGCCUUGUGCAAACAACUGCUAAGCAGCACCUUAGCCAAGGACAGCACACUGGGGUGAAAGCUGCUCUCAGCAUCUUGCUCAAUAAAGCUGUGCUGUGUGGCUGUCCCCUCCAGAGAGCAGAGCUACACCAAUAUGCAGUUGAUUUCAAAGGAGGAAGUUUCCCUUUGUUCCUAGUUUCAAGUUACAACAGUUGUAGCAAGAAAAACGGAGAGAGUGGUGCCUGGAGACAGGUGAGCACCGGUCCUCACAAGAAGUCUGGCCGUUUCUCUGCACCCACCUGGAGGAAGCCAGUCCUGAGUGAGAAAGGUAUCAAAAAUACGGCUAGAUCACAGCUGAAUUGUAACAGGAGUGCUUCUCGUCAAAACAAAAGCUGGUUGCCGUCCAUUAGUCCAUUGUACGGGGUCCUCAUGGCCGUGAGCCACGUGGGCGAGUGCAGGAGCUAUGUUUUCCAGAUUGCAGAUUCCAGGGAUGAUUUAAGGAGAUUUGAUAGUCCAGGAAACAACCCUACAUUUUCACCAACUGUUAAUAAUCUAAGAAUGCCAGUGUCACAAAAGGAGGUCAGUCCUCUCAGCAGCCAUCAAACCACCGAAUGCAGCAACAGUAAAUCAAAGACUGAGUUGGGUGUUUUAAGAGUUAAAUCUUUUCUUCCUGUUCCUAGAAGUCAAGACCAGUGUUCCCAGAACACCAAAAGAAGCAGCAGCAGCAGUAAUACAAGGCAAAUAGAAAUAAACAACAACUCAAAAAACAAGAUUUGGAACUUACACCAAAAUGAACACACAGAAAAAUCUAACAAAUAGGCCUGCCUACAAUAUUCUCACUCUUAACUUCUGUAAAUUUCAAACAGAAACCAAGGACAACAAGAUGUAAAUACCUUUAAAUGAAUAAAAUAUUUUCACUAUAAUAUGAAGUAUGAGUGCAGGACCACUAUUCAAUUUUUUGUA